AUGUCGGGUCAGACGCUGACAGAUCGCAUCGCAGCUGCUCAGUACAGCGUUACGGGAUCGGCCGUAGCCAGAGCCGUCUGCAAAGCCACCACGCAUGAAGUGAUGGGGCCCAAGAAAAAGCACCUGGACUACUUGAUCCAAGCAACUAACGAAACAAAUGUGAAUAUUCCUCAGAUGGCUGAUACACUUUUUGAGCGAGCAACAAAUAGCAGCUGGGUGGUCGUAUUCAAAGCCUUAGUUACCACGCAUCACCUAAUGGUUCAUGGCAAUGAGAGAUUUAUUCAGUACCUGGCUUCUAGAAACACAUUGUUCAAUCUCAGCAAUUUUCUGGACAAAAGUGGAUCUCAUGGUUAUGACAUGUCCACCUUUAUAAGGCGUUAUAGUAGAUACUUGAAUGAAAAAGCAUUUUCCUACAGACAAAUGGCAUUUGACUUUGCAAGGGUGAAGAAAGGGGCUGAUGGUGUAAUGAGGACAAUGGCUCCUGAAAAACUACUGAAGAGUAUGCCAAUAUUACAGGAACAAAUUGAUGCACUACUUGAAUUUGAUGUUCAUCCAAAUGAACUGACAAAUGGUGUCAUAAAUGCUGCAUUCAUGCUUCUAUUUAAAGAUCUUAUCAAACUUUUUGCUUGCUACAAUGAUGGGGUUAUUAACUUACUAGAGAAAUUUUUUGAGAUGAAAAAGGGGCAAUGUAAAGAUGCUCUUGAAAUCUACAAGCGAUUUCUUACCCGAAUGACCAGAGUAUCAGAGUUUCUUAAAGUUGCAGAGCAAGUUGGAAUUGACAAAGGUGAUAUCCCUGAUCUUACACAGGCUCCUAGCAGUCUCAUGGAGACCCUUGAGCAGCAUCUAAAUUCACUGGAAGGAAAAAAACCUGGCAACAAUGAAGGAUCUGGGGCUCCUUCUCCUCUGAGCAAGUCUUCUCCAGCUACAACUGUUACAUCUCCUAGUUCUACUCCAGCAAAAACUAUUGAUACAUCUCCCCCUGUUGAUCUUUUUGCGACUUCAUCUACAGCUGCACCAGUCAGCUCUUCCAAACCAUCCAGUGAUCUCCUGGAUCUUCAGCCAGAUUUUGCUGCUACUGGACAGGCAGCUCCAGCAGCUUCUUCUGGAGCCACUUCAUGGGGAGACCUCUUGGGAGGAGAGGAUAAUCUGGCUGCACUGUCUGGUGUCACCUCUGAGCCACAGAUUUCAGAUCCAUUUGCCCCAGAGCCUAGUGCAACUACUGCUGCAACUACUGAUACUACAACUACUUCAGCUGCCGCUGCUACAACUACUACUGUUACUGCUGCCACUGCUGAAGUGGAUCUCUUUGGAGAUGCCUUUGCAGCUUCUCCUGGGGAAGCCCCUGCAGCAGCUGAAGGGGCAGCAGCACCAGCUACCCCAACCCCUGUAGCAGCAGCUCUUGAUGCAUGUUCUGGAAAUGACCCCUUUGCCCCAUCCGAAGGUAGUGCAGAGGCUGCUCCUGAGCUGGACCUCUUUGCUAUGAAGCCAACAGAGACUGCUGUUCCUGUAGUUACCCCUACAACUAGUGCAGCCACUCCAGUUCCUGCAACAACUCCUUCUCCAGCUGCUGCUGUUGCUGCUGCUGCUACUGCUACUACAGCUACUGCCACUACCACUACUGCCACCACUUCUGCUACCGCCACCACCUCCGCUCCUCCUGCUCUAGAUAUCUUUGGUGAUUUAUUUGAGUCUGCUCCUGAUGCACCUGCAGCACCUAAACCAGAUGCUACUCCUAGCAUAGAUCUCUUUGGUACAGAUGCUUUUUCAUCUCCACCACAUGGAGCUUCUCCUGUGCCUGAGAGUUCUCUUACUGGUGAUCUCCUCUCUGUGGAUGCAUUUGCAACCCCCUCUCCUCUACCCACUGCCUCUCCAGCAAAGGUGGAUUCUUCAGGUGUGAUUGACCUAUUUGGUGAUGCUUUUGGAAGUAGUGCUUCUGAACCCCAGCCCACAACCCAGGCUGCUUCUAGUUCCUCAGCUGCUGCAGACCUACUUGCCGGCUUUGGAGGUUCUUUUAUUUCUCCCUCUCCAUCACCAUCCCCAGUCACUCCAGCUCAGACCAGCUUACUACAGCCAAACUUUGAUGCAGCUUUUGGGACAACAGCUCCAACGACUGGCAGUUCAUUCGAUGCAUCAGUGUUUGAUGGCUUAGGUGAUCUUCUUAUGCCAACUAUGGCUCCUUCUGGUCAGCCUGUAGCACCUUCAGCUGCAGCAACAGUCACUCCUUCAGCAGCAAGCAAAGGCCUUGGAAGCGAUCUUGAUUCGUCUCUUGCAAACUUAGUAGGCAAUCUUGGAAUUUCUGGUACCACUUCAAAAAAGGGAGACCUUCAGUGGAAUGCUGGAGAGAAAAAACUAACAGGAGGAGCCAACUGGCAGCCAAAAGUAGCACCUGCAACAUGGUCCACUGGUGGUGUCCCAAGUGGUCCACUGACAGGAGGUGUGCCUCCAGCAAGUGCUGUUCCUCCUACAGGAGGUACUCCACCUGUCCCACAGCCAGGAGCAGCAUUUGGGAUGCCCCCAGCAGGCACAGGUGUGCCCAUGAUGCCCCAGCAGCCAGUUAUGUAUGGGCAGCCUAUGAUGAGGCCACCAUUUGGAGGUGCCGCUGGCCCUGGUGUACAGCUUUCUCCAAGCCCAACUCCUGCUACUCAGAGUCCCAAGAAACCUCCAACAAAGGACCCAUUAGCGGAUCUUAACAUCAAGGAUUUCUUGUAA